CAGAUCUUUCUCGAAUGCGCUUCGCCCGCAGCCGGCGCAACCCGACCGCUUCCGGAAAGUGCCGAAGCCGCGGCCGGCGCCUGGCAGAUUCCCUGCCGGCCGGCUCAGCGCGCCUGCGCAGAGGACGGUAACUGCCGGUUGGUGGCCGGUGCUCCGCAGUGGGGGAGAGGCGGGUGAGGAGCUGCGUCCCAGCAGCGCAGACCGGAGCCGCUGCCGCUACAGUCCUAGGCCGGCGGGGAGCACCUGGGUGCAGCCAUGUCCGUGGUUGGCUUUGAUCUCGGCUUCCUCAACUGCUACAUCGGCGUCGCGCGGAGCGGCGGUAUCGAGACUAUCGCCAACGAGUACAGCGACCGCUGCACCCCAGCAUGUAUAUCUUUAGGAUCCAAGACCCGGGCCAUUGGGAAUGCAGCAAAGAGCCAGAUUGUCACAAAUGUAAAAAACACAUUGCAUGGCUUCAAAAAACUGCAUGGAAGAGCAUUUGAAGAUCCUUACAUACAAGCUGAAAGGGCCAAGCUUCCCUAUGAGCUUCAGAAGAUGCCAAAUGGCUCUGUAGGAGUAAAGGUGAGAUACCUGGAUGAAGAGAGACUGUUUGCAAUUGAACAGAUUACGGGGAUGUUAUUGGCCAAGCUUAAAGAGACUUCAGAAAGUGCUUUGAAGAAACCUGUGGCAGACUGUGUGAUUUCAGUACCUAGUUUUUUUACUGAUGCUGAGAGAAGGUCUGUAAUGGCAGCAGCACAGAUUGCAGGAUUAAAUUGUCUGAAGCUGAUGAAUGAAACUACAGCAGUUGCACUAGCGUAUGGAAUAUACAAGCAGGAUCUGCCGGCCUUGGAAGAGAAGCCAAGAAAUGUGGUCUUUGUAGAUAUGGGGCACUCUGCGUAUCAGGUUUCAAUCUGUGCUUUUAACAAGGGAAAACUGAAGGUCUUGGCUACUACCUUUGACCCUUUUGUAGGUGGCAGGAAUUUUGAUGAGGCUUUGGUAGACUACUUCUCUGAGGAAUUUAGAACGAAAUACAAACUGAAUGUAAAAGAGAAUCCCCGAGCGUUGCUACGAUUGUAUCAGGAAUGUGAAAAACUCAAGAAGCUUAUGAGUGCAAAUGCUUCUGACCUUCCACUCAAUAUUGAGUGCUUCAUGAAUGACCUUGAUGUCUCCAGUAAGAUGAACAGAGCUCAGUUUGAGCAGUUGUGUGCUGCUCUUCUGUCCAGAGUGGAGCCUCCCCUAAGAGCAGCCAUGGAGCAAGCUAAACUUCAGCGUGAAGAUAUCUACAGUAUAGAAAUAGUAGGUGGGGCUACUAGGAUUCCAGCAGUGAAGGAGCAGAUCUCUAGCUUUUUCUGUAAAGAGAUAAGCACCACGCUAAAUGCUGAUGAAGCUGUUGCAAGAGGCUGUGCCUUGCAGUGUGCAAUUCUUUCCCCAGCUUUUAAAGUGCGUGAAUUUUCAAUCACAGAUGUUGUUCCUUAUUCUAUAACACUGAGAUGGAAAUCAUCUUAUGAAGAAGGAACAGGGGAUUGUGAAGUCUUCAGUAAAAACCAUGCUGCUCCAUUCUCAAAAGUCAUUACUUUUCAUAAGAAAGAGCCUUUUGACCUGGAGGCUUACUACACCCAUCCACAUGAAGUGCCUUAUCCUGAUUCCAGAAUAGGGCGUUUCACUGUUCAAAAUGUGGGUCCCCAACAUGAUGGUGACAAUUCCAAAGUGAAGGUUAAAGUGCGUGUCAAUAUUCAUGGCCUUUUCAGUGUGGCUAAUGCUUCUAUAAUAGAGAGGCAGAACAUAGAGGGAGAUCACAAUGACACUCCUAUGGACACUGAAUCAUCAAGUAAGAACCAAGGCAGAGAUGAUGAGCUGGAUAAAAUGCAGGUUGAUCAAGAGGAAGGAGUUCAGAAAAGUCAAGCUGAACAACAGAACCAAGCAGAUGAGGAAACUGAAAAUGCAGGAACAGAAGCAAAAGUUGCUUCUGGAGACAGGCAGGAACAUCCAGCCCAGCCAAAGGCUAAAACAAAAGUCAAGAGUAUUGACCUCCCUAUACAGGCAAGCCUCUAUAGACAGCUGGGACAAGAUCUUAUCAAUUGCUAUAUUGAAAAUGAGGGGAAGAUGAUGAUGCAAGACAAGCUUGAGAAAGAAAGAAAUGAUGCUAAGAAUGCUGUUGAAGAAUAUGUGUAUGACUUCAGAGACAAGCUGUGCGGAGUCUUUGAGAAAUUCAUCACUGAAGAAGAUGCAAACAAGCUGACCUUGAUGUUGGAGGACACAGAAAACUGGCUUUAUGAAGAUGGAGAGGACCAGCCAAAACAAGUAUACAUGGAUAAGCUUCAGGAAUUAAGAAAAUUUGGACAGCCUAUUCAGGAAAGAUACAUGGAACAUGCAGAGAGACCAAAAGUUUUAAAUGACCUGGGAAAGAAGAUUCAGCUCCUUAUGAAAGCAGUGGAAGCAUACAAAAAUAAGGAUGAAAAAUACGAUCACCUAGAUCCUGCUGAGAUGGAAAAGGUGGAAAAAUACAUUAGCGAGGCAAUGAAUUGGCUGAACAGCAAAAUGAAUGCCCAGAACAAACUAAGUCUAACUCAGGAUCCAGUUGUCAAAGUGGCAGAAAUAGUGACAAAAUCUAAGGAAUUGGAUAACUUCUGUAACCCCAUUAUAUACAAGCCCAAACCGAAGAUAGAGCCUCCCAGUGAUGGGCAGUCAAAACCUAAUGGUGAACACAACGGACCAGUGAAUGGACAGAGCGGUACUGAAACGAAACCUGAACCAGCGAAGGACAAUUCUCCGCAGACCAAACCCCCUGGAGAAAUGGAAGUGGACUAAAUCUUGCGUUUCUUUUACCCAAUUAAAAUAGUGCAAGUAACCACAGGGUCCAUUCUUUUUGUCUGGUACACACCUCAGAUGUUCAGUUAUUCUUAGUCAACCUUCUGUCAUUUGUUGCUGAGUAGUUUUGAAAGUGUUUUAUAUUAAGUACAUCUCUGAUGUUCAUUUCCACUGAUGCUGCUUAUGUGGAGCUUUAGCCAAAUGUAGAUUGUAUAAGUCAGUUUAAGCUUUCCCAAUAUAUUUUAUAUCAAACAUACAGAAUUGAUAUAUAAAUGGCAACAAUCUACCUUAUUUAAAGCUUUUAUUGUGGAUAAACCUCAGCUCCUUUAUUCAGGAAAGGAUACUGUAUUGCACUACUGAUGCUCAAGUGUAGAUCUAAUUGCAUCUUUAUUUUGGAAAAAUAUUGGAAUUGAAGUGGCAAAACUUGUCACUUGAAGCACUGACCUUUUCUAGUUAUUGUAUUGUUAUAAUUUAAAUAUUAAAAUAGAGGUUAGUUGGCAUUCUAGUCCAUCUUGUUGAUGUACCAUGAGAAUUGUUUGGUCUUUUUCAUAUAAACUGAAUACAAGCUUAAAACAUUUGAGAUUCCCAUACCACUACCAAUCCUAGUUACAAAAUGCUUCAGCACAAUGGCUCUGCCACAUGCUGAACUAAGUGAAUGGUCUCAGUGCACAUCACUGUACAUAACGUACUGUGCUUACGAUAGGAUGAUGCUAAUGAUAAUAGUACAAAGGGGUAGAAAGUACAAGGACUGCUGGAUGGCUUUCCCUUGAAAACGUCUUAUUGCACAUGCUACUAUUUCCACUUCUGUUGUUUGGAAUGAAAUCUACAUCUUGAUCAUAUCUUGUGCUGAGAAGGGGAAACAACAGAAAUUGUGCUAUGCGAAAUGGGUCUGGGCACCCUGGUUUUGAGUUUGCUUAAAUGCUGUUUGUUGCAAACUUGAAAGAGAUCCUGAGAGCUUACUUAAGCCUUUGUGCUUGGUGUAUAAACCUUCUGGUCAAGGAGCUAAACAAAAGAACUUAAAAACUGGAUAUUACUACCCCAAAGGUGGAAUCUACUUGAUGAACUUGCAUAGCUUACCAGUUAUCUUUGGUCAUUUAGUUAUCUAAUGAAAGUGUAUGUAAUGUAUUACACACUUGAGUCACUGUUUUCUUUGAUACAUGUUGGACACACAUCUGUCACGGUCCAGUGUAUGUUCCUGUAUACUGAAUGCUUCUGUCAGUCACCAAGGUACUGUAGCACUUGCCAGUGCAAGUCACUUUUGACUUUACACAACUCUUCUAUUACCAGAAGAGUAAUGGGCUACUUUAGCUAUAAAAAGUGGUUUCUAAGUCAGCAUAUCAGACUGAGGCUAGUUGCAGUGUAACAUUUUAGUGACUUGAACGCUGUUGCAGAUAUGUAUUGAGGUGUUCAGGUGUCAAGUCAGGCGUUACUGCAGCAGUUCUGUGCAAACCUGUUACUGUUGUGAACAAGUGAAGGGUUGUGCUCUUGUUCCUGGCUUUGGCCGACAUUUUAUCUCCAGCCAUGCCCUUCAUGUUCCACUGCUGGUCAUGCUACAAAGAGUAGUCUGUCACCCAAGCUAAAGUUGGUAGAGGUGAUCUGCACUCUCAGAUGUUUUCACAGGAAAAGGAAGCAGCAUGAACAGCUGUAUAUAAAGCUGCUAAACAGGCUCAAGUGCUAGAAUUGUAUCUUCAUGAUUGACAUCAGGUGACAGAGAUGCACAUAGUUUGCUCUACUGUCCCUCUAUGCGUUCAGUUGUGGAAGGUCUGGCACUCUGAGUUUACAUAUUUAAAGCCCUUGAAUAAAAACUGAGUGACCUUGAAGAGAGCUGCAGCUACUCUGCAGCCUCGGUCUUGAGUUCUGCUGUUACAGUCACGCAUCUGUGGCACUGAAGGGGGUGACAGUACUUCAGUGUCUGUAGUCCUAGGGGUGAGUAUGGGACUGAGCUAGCUUUGGUCUUACAGGCUUUAACAGUAUGAAUAUCUUAAUGGCUUUACCACAGCAGUAUAAUGAAUAGCAUUCUUAAGUAUUGGCUUCCUACACAUUAAUUUGUCUAGUAGACUUGCUGAUACCUGGCAGAAGAGCUCAAACAGUGGAAAUGUCCAGUGCAAGCACUCCCAUAGCUAAAAGGUCAAGUGUAAGUCUUCUGCUCGUGAUCAUCAGAUGCUUAAUACUACAUUACGAGUAGUUGAGGCAAUUCUUAGGUAUAAAGGCUGGAAUAAUUAUACAGCAAGCUUAGAAACAGAUGGCAAAGCAAUAUGUGUAAGGUUUUCUUACUAGAAUAGGGUUGUUUUCUUUUUUGCUAUGCAUCUGCUCUGUCUCUAAAUCCUGGUGAAGAGGGAUAGUACUACCCACAGACUGCUCAUCGCAACUGGUUCCUGAUGUACAUGUGAAGAAUCCCAUUUGGAAGGACAAAGUUGUUCUUUGUACAGAGCUUCGCAUGAAUGUGUGAACACAUAACUUGUUUACAUGGAAUCUGUUUUCUGCUACAAGGAGCAAAUUCUACCAGGACACAGAUUUAAGGUUCUCAAGUACUUACAUAAGCUAUGCACAACAGUUUUGUGCAUCGGACAAGUUGUUACCUUGUGGCUACCCUGACAGCCCCAGAAUUAGUGUCUUGCAACAUACUAACAAGUUUUGUUAGGGAACCCACAAUCGUAGUAACUCUGCAUCCAGUGUAUUUUAAAAGCAGGUAUUUGUCCCUAAUGUCUUAGUUGAAACUUUACAGAGGGCAAGAUAUGUUCUAGUGUUUGAAAAUAUUCACUCCAUCCCACACAAAGGAAAAACUGGGUAGCAACACUGUAUUUUGUAAAGGUGGUACAAUUUGGGGUUGUUCAUUUGUUUGUGUUUUAAAAAAAAAAAGGUUUGUUAAUCACAGGCUAAAACUUCAUGUAAAAGUUUAGUUAACCAAACAGCAGAAAUACUUUAUUUACCACUAACAUCCUCUUUGCUUUAAAGAGGACUGAUUCCCUCCUGCCUUGAGCAUUAAUGGACUUGCUCAAGAAAUGGUUUUAAAUUUUAUUUGCUUUACUAAACUUAAGUUGCUGUUAGCUGUUUCACAACUGAUUUGUGGCUUCCUUUCCAUGUCUUUUUAUUACAGUAGCUUAAACAGCAGAGUUUUCUUUGAACUUCAUUCAGAUGUAACAUAAACAGAUUUUUAACAAUCCCUUGAAGUUAAACUUCUGUACUCUCUUUAAAAUGAGAAGGGUGCUACGUGCUAAAAUAACAGAGUAGAGCUGCCUGCCUUGUUUGGUCUGAAUUUGAAUGUGGGUCUGAAUUUGAAUGCAGAACCCUCUCCCUUGCUUGCUCCUGGCAGUGUCCUCCUUUCUCUGUUUAAAUGCUGCCCUUGGGGCAUGCUUGCAAAACCUAGGUAGGCAGGUGACUCCUGAAUCCCCCCAGGUCUUUUGGGUGAAGCACCUAACCUGUAUUGCCACUUCGGUACCACAAGAAAACAUGGUGGAAGGGGAAGAUGCCCUUGUCUCCAUCAGUAUGGCAGCACUGGAGGGGAAGCAAAGUACAUGAGCCUGAAACUAGUGUUCUGCAUGGGCAGCCAGAGGGUACCACUACCAUGGCGAGCUGUGUGAGGUUUUCGGUUCUUCCACUUACAAGUGAAGGCUGUUAAUCUAAUCCAAUCUGUCCAUUGAUAAUAUUCCUUGGUAUGAUCAGUAUUUGAAGUUAUGUGAUGUUCUUUUGAAACAUCUCGGUGUGCUAAACUCCAGCCUGCUAUAGAUUGUUCCUAUUAUUAACUGUUCUAAAUACUCCAUAUUUCAGGGUUUUUUUCUGGGUAAGGAUUAUGUUUAAGUAAAUGUAGGAAAUGGGCAAGGAGCUGGCAGGAGACUUUCCUUCCUGAGUAAUUUUGCCUCUCAGACACUGGCUUUCAAAAACAUGAUCCAUUUGACAAAUACGCUGCAUUUGCUGAUCCAAAGCACCUAGCCAGCUGCUGUAGGAAAAGCAGCUAAAUUCAAUUCCCAUAAAUUAGCAUCAUGAGGAAUCUCAUUGCUCAAAACAGGGUUUUCAUUUCUGUGUUACCACACUUUUUUUAAUAUGCUGACUUCUCAAGUGAAGGCCAGAUGCCCAAACUUGAGUUGUGGGUCAGCACAGCGUCUGCCUGUUCAGAGGAUGCUUACAUUGGCUGCCACUAGCUGUGAGCUGUCCUUAACUGGAUGGAAGAAUGUUAUGCUGCCUCUUUUUUUUCUUGUCUCUGAUCUUUCUAGCCUUUCAGGCACCAGAGGACACAAACUCGCUGUCAAAAGAGGUAGUAAAAACUAUGUUGCUUAACAAAAGGCAGUUAAUCCCUCAUCUACUUUAAUUUCAACUCCCAAGAUAACAUUUGGGCUAUAAAUACAAACUCGGUAGCUAGAGAAAGUGUAUGGUGGCUGACUGAGCCAAAUUCUU